AUGCCACAAACAACUAAUCAAAAGCAGUACAUACAAAAGUACGUAAAAACUUGGGAAAAUGAAAUCGAAUUCAAAGGUUGGUUGAAACCCUGUAUUGGGGACAAUACGAAAGCACGCUGUGCUUUUUGUAAUAUCGAUAUUUUAGCACAUCGAAAAUCGUUGAAAACGCAUAGCUGCACCAAAAAGCACAUUCAAAAUGCGAAGAAUGAUAAGGAAUGCUUGCAACUCCAUAAAAUUGAAAAUUUUACAACACCACAUAUUAAUGAUCGUCGAAAAAUAGCUGAGUUAAAAAUAGCUGCCUUUAUAGCUGAGCAUUGUUCAAUAAAUGCUAUUGAUGAUUUGGGCAAAAUUAUAAAAGAUUUGGACGCGACUUCUCAUGUACUUACAAAUAUUAAGAUUCACCGGGUCGAUGGAACGAACAGUAUGGUUGGCAAAAAUGACUCGGUAGCAUCUAGAUUAAAACGUAUAAUUCCUCAUUUAGUGGUUAUAAAAUGUGUUUGUCACUCACUUCAUCUGACCGCUGAAAAGUCUUGUGAUGUUUUACCAAGAAAUUUAGAUUACUUAGUUAAAAAGAGUCACACUUGGUUUUCGCAUAGUACAAAAAGAAUUAUCGAAUAUAGGAAAAUAUAUGAAACUAUAAAUCAGAAUAUGCCGAAAAAAAUUGCUAAAUUAUCAGGAACUCGGUGGCUCGCUCGUAUAGAAGCCAUUAAAACCAUUAUUGAUCAAUGGGACGAACUGAAACUACAUUUUGAAAUGGCUAAAAAUUCCAAUCGAUGCAGUGAAGGAUAUGUUGCUGAGGAAUUAUACAACAUGUAUAAAAAUGAUGAAAAUAAGAUUUAUUUGAUAUUUCUACGUGAUGCUUUAAAAGAUAUUACCAACAUAAAUAAACUUUUUCAGUCUAAUGAAAUAGAACCACUUAAACUGUUCAAAGAUCUUAAUCAUCUGUUAUAUUUAAUUUUACAAAAAAUCGUUGUGCCUAGUCAGUUGGAAAAGGUAAAACAUCAAGAUUUGACUAAUUAUAACUUUCAAGAUUAUCUCAUGUUUGUAGAUUGUGUGGAUUAUGGAUAUUAUUUUAAUGAAUUUUCUUCAAAGAUUAAUCCUCAAAAUUUGAAAGACAUUAAAGAAAGGUGCAAAGCAUUUUAUAUCGAAUUAGUCAAACAAUUACAAAAGCGAAUUCCGGAAAAUUUGCAAAUUUUAGAAAAACUUAGUUAUUUCACUUCAGAAAAUGCAAUGAAUAAAUCAAGAAAUGACAUUAUAGAUAUAGUUGUUAGUUUUAAAGAAAUUUGUUUGGACAUUGAAUCUACCGUUAAAGAGUGGAAUUCUCUGCAUCGUUUCGAAGUAAAUACAAAUAAUUCAGAAGAUUAUUGGGCUAAAGUAAAUAAUGAAACAGAUGCUGCCGGUGAAAAGCGUUUUGGACACGUCUCAAAAUUAGUUCUCGCGCUUCUCUGUCUGCCAUUUUCUAACGCUGAAGUCGAGAGAGCAUUUUCAAUAAUGAAUAUUAUCAAAGAUAAGCUGCGAAAUAGACUAAUCAUUAGAACAUUAGAUGCAAUCCUCAGAGUGCGAUUUUUAUUGCCGAAUACAUGCAGAGACUUUCAACCAUCAAGACAAAUGUUACAAAAAUUUGUAAGUGAGACAGUUUACGGAGGACAAAUCGAUAACGAAGCUUUAGAUGCUCUAGAUUAUUUUGAUAUGAUUGAAAAAUUUACGGCAUAA